UUUUGAUUAAUUGGAGUUCGCGAUAGAACGCAGGAUUUGCGGCAAAUUGGCAAUUGGAAUGCAGUGAGCGCAACCGUGGUGAUUUUCUUUUGCUCAAACAUUUUAUUUUAGGUCACCGGAAUUGGCUAAUCUGACAAAUUGUCUGAUCUGCUAGAUUCUCUAUCAUAUUAGAAAACACAACGAACACAGGGAAGGCUUGUAGUGCUUUUAAUUUGUGAGGCGGGGAAGACUUUCCGUGGUGUACAGGAAGUAAUAUACACGAUGGACACGAGCGUUAUGGAAGUUUUAGCUCAACCAGCUGAGAUUGAACCAAUGUUGAACCCCUCUGGUAAUACGUCUGAAGAGCUGCCUGAUGCUGGCAAAGCCACAGAACCUGCAAUUAGUCAACCAGCUGAGAUCGAACCAAUGUUUAACCCUCCUGGUAAUACGUUGGAAGAGAUGCCUGAUGCUGGCAAAUCCACAGAACCUUCACUUGAUCAAGCAGCUGAAAUUGAACCAAUGUUGAGCCCCCCUGGUAAUACGUUGGAAGAGCUGCCUGAUGCUGGCGAUACCACAGAACCUGCAAUUAGUCAACCAGCUGAGAUUGAACCAAUGUUGAACCCCUCUGGUAAUACAUUGGAAGAGCUGCCUGAAGCUGGCAAAGCUUCAGAACCUGCAAUUAAUUUAAAUCUAAACAUGGAUACAUCUAAGCCUACUGCAGGCCAAAAUGACUACUUCUGCGCGCUCUGCAAUUUCAGAUGUGCAACACAAGAUCGUCUCCAGACUCAUCGUAACUCACUCAAACAUGCAAGGGUUGAAGAGGCAAUUGAAAAUUAUGGCUCUUCUAUGCUAGUUGUAGAAGCAGAAGGAGAACAAGAAGAAAAUAUGAAUAAUCAACUUACUCCCAUUCAUACUAUCAAUGCUUUCACUGGUGGACCAAUGUUGAAUCCCCCUGGUAAUUCGUUGGAAGAGAUGCUUGAUGCUUGCAAAGCCACAGAACCUGCACUUGGUCUUGAAUUUAUCUAUGAAUACCAUCCAGAUAAAAACGGAAAUUGUAUGUUUGAUUGUACAUUGUGCAAUUUAAGAACAGUUAUGAUGAGCAUGUUUAAACACAUCACUGGGGACAGACACAAGAUUAUCUACUUAAGCAGGCAUCACCCGGAAAAAGGCAUCACAAAUAAAUUCAGAGUAUAUAAUGGAGCGACAUUCAAACAAUUAAAGGAAAUUGCUUUCAGUAUUGAGAAUGCCAAAGGAAGGAAAAAAACAAAUGUUUCUAUGGCAACUUAUGAUCCACAAUAUCUUACUGGUGAAUAUUUAUGUCGCAGCUGUAUACUUCUGAGGAAGGCAUAUGCACCGGACGAGCCCAUUAAAAUUGAAAAAUGCACACUUGAUUAUAGACACAAAUCUUUUCAAGAGUUAAAGGCUGAAUAUGAAGAAGAACUGAGGGAAGCAGAAGAAAGAGGGGAAGCUGCUGAAGCUAGUUGUGGUGAACUGAAAUUUAGUGAGCGGGAUCCAGUUCAAAUAUUUCACAAUGGCGAGCUGUUCAGUUACUUGAAAAUGUUUCGCCCAGUAGAUGAUGAUAACCUUCUGUUUGUCAUACAAAUGGCUGAGAAUCUUUCAAAGGCUUUAGAGCGCUAUAAAGAGGAUCCAGGACCUAAAAAGUUUAUUUUAAGCAAAAAAAUGGGUUACGUGUUGAAAAUGCAACGUAAACGAGAAAGGAUUGCUGCAAAACUGUCAAGUGAAACAUCUCUCAGUAAUGACCAAGGCACUAACAGCAAUGUCCAACAAGGUACUAGCAGCAAUGUCCAACAAGGUACUGGCAGCAAUGCCCAGCGAGGCACUGGCAGCAAUGCCCAGCGAGGCACUGGCAGCAAUGCCCAGCGAGGCACUGGCAGCAAUGCCCAGCGAGGCACUGGCAGAAAUGCCCAGCGAGGCACUGGCAGAAAUGCCCAGCGAGGCACUGGCAGAAAUGCCCAGCGAGGCACUGGCAGAAAUGCCCAGCGAGGCACUGGCAGAAAUGCCCAACGAGGCACUGGCAGAAAUGCCCAACGAGGCUCUGGCCGGAAUUCUCCACAGCGCUCUGGCCGGAAUUCUCCACAGCGCUCUGGCCGGCAUUCUCCACAGCGCUCUGGCCGGCAUUCUCCACAGCGCUCUGGCCGGCAUUCUCCACAGCGCUCUGGCCGGCAUUCUCCACAGCAGACCGGCGGAAAAGCGCAACAGCAGACCGGCGGAAAAGCGCAACAGCAGACCGGCGGAAAAGCGCCAAAGCAGACCGGCGGAAAAGCGCCACAGCAGACCGGCGGAAAAGCGCCACAGCAGACCGGCGGAAAAGCGCCACAGCAGACCGGCGGAAAAGCGCCACAGCAGUUUGGCGGGAAUGUGCCACAGCAGUUUGGCGGGAAUGUGCCACAGCAGUUUGGCGGGAAUGUGCCACAGCAGUUUGGCGGGAAUGUGCCACAGCAGUUUGGCGGGAAUGUGCCACAGCAGUUUGGCGGGAAUGUGCCACAGCAGUUUGGCGGGAAUGUGCCACAGCAGUUUGGCGGUAAUGUGCCACAGCAGUUUGGCGGGAAUGUGCCACAGCAGUUUGGCGGGAAUGUGCCACAGCAGUUUGGCGGGAAUGUGCCACAGCAGUUUGGCGGAAAUGUGCCACAGCAGUUUGGCGGAAAUGUGCCACAGCAGUUUGGCGGAAAUGUGCCACAGCAGUUUGGCGGAAAUGUGCCACAGCAGUUUGGCGGAAAUGUGCCACAGCAGUUUGGCGGAAAUGUGCCACAGCAGUUUGGCGGAAAUGUGCCACAGCAGUUUGGCGGAAAUGUGCCACAGCAGUUUGGCGGAAAUGUGCCACAGCAGUUUGGCGGAAAUGUGCUGCGGCAAUCUGGCAGAGAUGAUGACCGGUACCAAGAUCAUCCAGUUGAUUACAGUGAACAACUAGGAUUUCCUGUUUCUCAAAGGCCUACAAGAGAGCCAUGGUUAAACCAGAAGCGUCCUCCUUUACAGCGUUUUCCUGCAAUGCACAUGCAACAAAGAAUGCCACCCGUACCUAUAAACCAUGAUGCAUACAGAGAUUUUCCACCUGGCGUCCCCAUGAACGAAUUCACUGCACGAUUUUUUGAAAACGUCAAAUACAAAGACUUUUCAGAAGUUGAAGUAUUAUUGACUGAAAUGUCUUUUAAAAACCCAGCUUUCAGAGGUAAUUUUCAAUAG